GAGACUAAAGGGCAGGGGUGAGGCUCCGAGGGAAGCGCGCCUUCGCAGGACUGGAAGGGAGGGGCGGGGCCGGGGAGGAAGCCCCGCCCAGCCCCGUACUUGGCCUCAGGCGGCGCCCGACGCCUUUUGCGCAUGCGCUCAGCGAAGCAGGGAGGGCGGGGCGAGGACAUUCACGCUUGUCUGCGCGUGCGCGAUGCCCUUGAGCAUGCGCGCCGGAGUCGAGCGUACCGGUAGCGCAGGACCCUGGCGACAGCGACAGCGGGUGCGGCGUGGUCGAGCCUGCGGCGGCGACGGGCUCGCACAGAGCGGGCCUGUACAGAUAGUCGCGGCACUGACGCCGGGUUCCGCUGAGCCUGGGUCGUGCUCGGAGUGUGGCUCGCUGUCCCCCUUUCUGACCUUACAGGCACAUCCCGAGUGCAGAGGAGGAAGCCGAUGUAGAGGCUGUAGGACGUGCCGAAGGUCAUCCAGCCCAGAGCUCAAGCCCAGGAACCAUCCGGCCGUGGGCGGAGACCAGACGUCUGGGAAUCCUUGCCAGGGUCUUUUAAGCGGCUGAACAGGAAACGGGAGUUUAUUGCAAACCGGUACGCAUGCUCAGGAGCCCAGGCAAGGCAUGCACUGGGAAUGCUUCCCAUCAGCCGACACGGUGAGGCGCAUCAGGUCCAUGCUGCUGCUGGUUUGGGCACCCAAGGCUUGGCACAGGCUCUCUCAUCUCAAGCCCUCGGCCCUCCUUUGGACCCCGGGAGGCAAGGCCCGACAUGUGAGGUGCCAGCUUCUGUCAAGUCAGGGCCCUGGAGAGACAUGCAGGCAGAGCCGACCCCAGGGCCCUGGGCUGCGAACUAGGCUGUUGAUCACUGCCUUGUUUGGGACUGGGCUGGGUGGGGCCUGGCUGGCCGCAAGGGCUGAGAAGGAACACCAGAGGCAGCAGCAGCGGACAGAGGCCCUGCGCCAGGCAGCUGUGGGCCAGGGUGACUUCAGCCUGGUGGAUCACCAGGGACAGGCUCGCUGCAAAGCCGACUUCCGGGGUCAGUGGGUGUUGAUGUACUUUGGGUUCACUCACUGCCCGGACAUUUGUCCAGAUGAGCUGGAAAAGCUGGUGCAGGUGGUGCGGCAGCUGGAGGCCGAGCCUGGCCUGCCCCCAGUGCAGCCUGUCUUCAUUACUGUGGACCCCGAGCGGGACACUGUCGCAGCCAUGGCCCGCUACGUACAAGACUUCCACCCACGGUUGCUGGGCCUGACCGGCUCUGCUGAGCAGGUAGCCCAAGUGAGCCGCAGCUACCGUGUAUACUACAGUGCCGGCCCCAAGGACGAGGACCAGGAUUACAUCGUGGACCACUCCAUUGCCAUCUACCUGCUCAGCCCUGACGGCCUCUUCACAGACUACUACAGCCGGGCCAGAUCAGCAGAGCAGAUUGCAGACAGCGUGAGGCGCCACAUGGCUACCUUUCGCAGCAUCCUGGACUGAACCAGGUCAUUAAAGAGGGUGUGACAGAG